AUGGAGAAUAUUGGCUUUUUCAUCGAUGGCGAGAUCGAUGCCGAUACGGUGCUCCAAGUAAUGGCACCCAUCGCCGGCUUGAAUACGGUAAAGGCGGCACAGGCCAAAUGCGAUUCUAAAAGAUUAAUAGACAAAUGUGAUUUUGCCAACCUGUUAGCCAAGUGCUACGAGGAAAACGAAGCACGGUCUGUCUCUGUGUCGCUGAACAUGUCCCUGACGCGCAGCGUUUGGGAUGAACCGAAGGUGGCAAGGCAGCAAUCGAAGCUCAACCAGGAGUUGCUACAGUCCUGCAUGCGGGAGACGGAGAUAUCCAUGUCGCAGUUGAAAUUCUUUCGGCUUAGCCUGCUCUUCAAUGAUAAUAGCAACUCAGAGAACGAGUUGGCCGCUGCUCCUGCCGAUGGGGAUGCAGAGCUGAAUGCCGGCAAUAAUGUGGCCGAUAUUGACUAUAGCAACACCGGCCCCUAUCUGGACAUCAAGCGAAACGAGCCACUGCAGUGCUUUGUGCGUUGCUUGUAUGAGAGUCUGGGCAUAGUGCACUACGACAUGAUGCUGGAGGAGGCCUUUAAAAUGCAAUUGGAUAAUCUAAUGCAACGUCUGAAGCCGGAGCUGAAGGAGUGCAAGAAUAUGAAUAGCCGGAAUCGCUGUGAGGCUACCUACAAGCUGCAUUUGUGCUACAAUCAUCUCAAGAAUCUGGACACCGAGCAGCGACUGCGCGAGAUGCUUGAACGUAGCGAAACUAGCAGUGAUCAGAAGGACACCGAGGAGAACGAGAACGAAAACGAGAAUGAGAACGAAAUCGGGAAUGUGGCGACUGCAACUGACAAAGCCAAUGAGAUCAUUGAUGCGAUGCAGCGCAUUAGCGACGCAACGGCAUAA